ACAGGUGAUGCGGCCUAUAUCGCCCGGCGAUGAACUGUUGAUCUUUUAUGGGUCGCAUUUCUUCGGUUUGAAGAAUGAGUUCUGCCAAUGUGCCACGUGCGAGAUCAAUACAGCCAAUGCCUUUGACCAACCUAAGCAGGACCGAGUACAGCUGCCCGACCACAGCCAAGAAAAUACACAAUCACAGCCCAGUGCCACACUGCAUAAUAUAAGUGUAAAUCCACCCACGAACACACACGCGCAGAUACAAACACAGACAGUGAUAGAUCCACAGACACGUAAACAGCCGUCCUCACAAUCGAGCACACCUUAUGACCGAAGUGCGCGCGAGAGCACCGCCAGCAGCACCGGUGGCAGCGUCUGCAGCUCUGAGAGCCACAUAAGGCACGUGGAGCUUCAAGCGCGCACAAGUUCAAACGGCAAAUUAGCUCGAGAGGAUCAAUGCCGGGAAGAAGGCUUUGACGAGAGUGGCGUGCAAGUACAUAUUACAGGUAGGCCAGAGAUUCAGAAACCAACACAGCAAUCGCUUAGACCGAGACGGUCUAUUCGCAUCGACUACCGCGAAAGCUCGUCGACGAUGACGCUCAGCCGGUCGAAUUCUAGCAACGGCAGUGAUACAUGUGUGUAUGAUGGCGUGUCUGUGGCUUCACACAAACGCACGGACACACUCGCAACGUCGAAGUCUUGUCGACAGCCAGCACUGGCACGAACGAGAAGUAUGAAGGGCCGGGCGAGUGCGGACAAUAGCGAUGGCGGUGCGGAAGGGGAGUCUGACGCAUCUCAUGCAAGUUGGAUUGAAAGUGAUCCAGACAAUAUCGGUACAAGAAGUGCGAACACGGCUACAGGGUACGCCCCAACAGCCAAAAACCCAGAUGACCAAAGACAUAAUAGUAGACAUGGCCUGCGGGCGAGUGCCAACAGAAGCAAUAGUGUAGGCGCUAGCUCACGAAUUGAGCGGUUAAGUGCAAGCGAUCGAUCCAGCUCAGCAGACAACAGAACGGAUAGCAACACAAACUUAUCGGAUGAGCAGAGGUCCAGUGCGCAUUCUAAGUCUCGAGCUGCAGGGAGGGUGCAACGCAGCCAGGUCAAGGCAACCGAUCAGUACGAAAGGAUAGUGCAGCAGCUAAUGGACGCAAACAGCCUCAUAUACCAACCCGAGAGGCCUGAUUCGGAAAUCGACACCAGCACUGUGCCAGGCGCGAUCAAACGGGUCCUCAGCACUCAAAGGAAACUAGCUACACCGCCCUUGCCCUUGCAGCGCAUCCAUUGGGUCAAUAAAUGGAUGAAGGCACAGCCUACCAAACACGUGGCUGUCUAUGUGCAACCAAAGUGUCGGUGCCGUUCUCGCCGACCCAAACGAUCGCCAGAGUAUGUAGACGAGGCCACUACGAAUUUCUCUUCAGAGAACAACAGUUCACACGCAGCACCGUCCAAUACUCACCCAGCGCGCUCAAAAAGUAUCAUUUCAUUAAAGGGUGCACGAACGCGAUACAACUCUCCAUCGGCAUCUACCUCUGCUGAAAGUAGUAGGACGGUGUUGGGUAGUUCCCCAGCCGGCCCUUCGAGUGGCGGGUGCCACUGUGUGGCUAGUCCCGAGCGGUUGCGCAAGUCGAUUAUGCUGAAGCAUCACAGCAACCUGUCCGCGUCACACACCCCUCAACAACACGGCGGAAACGCGGAAGGUGGUACGCCAUUAAUGAUAACCUGUCACGCGACUGAUACGCACCAGAGCGUCCAUAAGAGACGCCAGCUGUCGUCGACUUGGCGCUUUGCGCUGUUGUGCCCGCCACCCGCCACCACCGAACAGGAUGCACGCACUUACACAGCCACACGGUACCGAAAUAGGACACUGAGCGAACUGGAAUUCACAGCCUUCGAUGUCACGGCCCAGGCACUCCUGCCACAACCCAAGUUGGUGAAGGUCAUGUAUGUGGAUGACGAUGGCUUAGCUGCGGAGAUUCGGGCAGCCGACAGCGGUGAGUAUGAUAUAUCUCUGGCGACUAGUAGGUAUCGGCUGGAAACCGACCAUGUGGAGAUAGACCGCAUAGUACGGUUUGAGUUGGAUGCCUGGCCGCACGUGGAGUAUGUCAAGGAGAAGCCCGUGCAGCUGGGAUCGCGCACAAGUUCGCGCACGCGUAAGAUGACGAUCGCUCGAGACAUGUCUAUCGAUGUGGGUCGUGCUAGUAGAACAGAUAGGAAUGACAGAGGCAGGACUGAAAGUAGUCACGUCACGGAUAUGACGACGACUGAAGGCACGAGUGACAAUGUGUUUCGUCACAAUGUGACACAGCAAACACCUGGCACACACUCACAACAGCCCACACACGACGUGCGACAAAAGGCCUCGAACGACACGAUCAACACGAAUGAGGAGACUGGGAUGGACAUGGACGCUGUUGUAACUCAGGGCCGUAAACGAAAGCACACAGAAACCAAUGCGGUGCGAGCUGGGGCAGAAGGUCAAUUCACGAGCGGUCGAGGUGCACUCCAAGGCAAAUCAAAGGGUAAAAAAGGAUAUAGCCAGGCUCAAGUGGUGGUGUCUUGCAGUGAAAGCGCAUCCGAGUCAGAUGGCGAACCCACACUGCCACCGGCAGCGCUGUCCUUGGAUGACAGCCGGUGGACACGGAUUCAGAAUCGAGGACAAACUCAGGCCCCACAACAUACAGGAUAUGGUGCAAAACCACGUACUCGCGAGCAAACACGAACGCACGGCGAAAGGCAAGGGGUCACUUACACGGAACAGCAAUCACACACACAACUACAACUUGCACCACACACACACGCACAACUGUUCAGCUACAAAAAGCCUUCAGACUAUCACAGUGCGCAUGGGGGAGAGGGCGGGCGGUACAUCGCUAGUGUGGUCAUAUCAUCCUCGUCAGAGGGGAGCGAGUGCGAUGAAGGUAACCCAUCGUCCAUCGCGGUGAACGCGAACAAUUCUCCGGGAAAAUCGAGAAACGCUCAUGAUAAAAAUAUAGACUUGAAACAUAUGAAGAAUAGGCUUGAAACAUAUAUAGAUACUGAUGACAAGGUAUCUGAGGCAAAGGAUUGCUCUGCUACAGAAUCAUUGUUCGAGAGAUGUCAAGCUGGAAACGAGAGUGUACAAUGCAUGCAUGUGAUCGACCUUACAACAUCGUCGCCGUCUUCCAGUCCACCUCCAGCCAUACAACUGACGGAUGCGAGGAGAAAGUCGGGCAAAGGUUUCUAUGCUGCUUGCAAAAUACGCCAAGCCGCAGAAACCUUGUCGGAACCACAUGCUUGCGACUCGGAUACUACUCCACCUAUAGGGGAGGCGGGAAAGAAUGCUGCCGCAAGCGCUACUGGGCGUGCCAAUGUCUUGGCAGAGGUGAGAAUACAGGACGUACAUGGCGGUGUAGUUGAUUUUAACGCAAUCACAAGGACAACCAAGAUCGAAGCUGAUACCGAGACCGAAACAGCAACAGCUACCGAGACCGAAACAGAAGACAACAAGGUACCCCACAUAUCUACGAAGGAUGGCGAGUAUUUCGUCGAUGUCGACGCAAGAGUCAUCCAGUCAGUCAUGGAUGGAGCAAAAACCGGAGAUGCAAGGGUGCCUACGAUUAUAGGUAAGGGAUAUCCUGAAGGUGUGUCUGUCCGGGCGAGCAUGGGUACGCAUGACUCUCAGCCGUGUGUAUCGGCCCCGACAAGCAAAAUGAAAGGAACAUGCAUACCGACCUCAACACAGGAUUCUCUGAUAUUGCCUAAGGGGAUAGCGACGAAAGGUACAGAAAUUCACAAUCGUGAUAAAACCAUGGAAUUGUGUACUGCUCUCAGUGGGCUGACGCCAAGUAGUGAAACGUUUGCAAGCGACGAGGAUUUGUCAAUUAAGCAAAUUAACUGUAUGCACUACCCGGGAAAGAGGAUGGAAGAGGUACAAUCCGAGCAGAUGGAGAAAGAGGACUCCAAAGGGUCUGAGAAUCGCUUGAGCUUCACACUUAUGCGAGGUGCGAGAGCGUGCUAGCUGUCUGACAACAUAUUAAAUUACGGACCAACAAUAUCUAUAGCCAACACAGGCCAGCUAUCGCUGUCGUUCGAUAAAUACAGUAACGUAAUACAAAUGAACCAUUCGGAUUUAGUAUUGCUUAGCUGACAAGAGCGUUUUUUUUUGCUUGUAAAGUAACAACCAUAUUUAUUUUGGAAGAUUCCUUAAAUACAAGGAGAAGAUUUGAUCUAUGAGGCGCUUCUCGAUGCUUAAAUCGGUGGCAAUAAUCUUCGGGCCUCCAUAGUUUUUGCACUUCUGCGGCAUAAAUCAACAUGUUCGCAUAUUGACGGAAUUGCAGGUUGGGUAUUCUCUUCAGUCUUGCACAGCAACUGACCGGUACACACCCUUCGAUCCCAAACGAAAGCAAUCGGGGCAGACUGCAACCUCUUUAAGUCCUUGUGCUAUUUGCAAAGCAUCUAGAAUCAUGUCCCGAUUCAUAGGUCAGCUCCAACUGGCUGAUAUGAUGGCACCUCAACGGCCUCAUGCGAAUCAAAUCGUGGUAUAAUUUCUUUGUGAUAUCUUCCACGGAACCUUUGCAGGGCAAAAUUUCGAUGCCUGACUGGGUACUCUUGUAGGCCUCUACAGAGUGUCCGAAAAGCAUCUUGCCAUCGACACUGCACCACCGCUGCGCCGCUCACCGACAACGUGUUGAGUUCAGCAGCGUUUCAUCAUUUGUGCAAUUUAUAACAGGCACAGAUAAUGUUGUUCGUCCAUGAUCAUGGUCCCAUUCCCAUUGAUAGAAUUAGCGAGCAUUAGCUGGUGAACGUUUGCUGAACAGCGAGUUCCAGGUGGAUUGUGGGGUUUAAGUAGUGGUGCAACUGCGCGUCUGGCGACAGAUGGUGUGGUGAGCGAGACGCAAUAGGCGGUACAGAGAGCCUGCUCUCGCCGCCACCACACUGCGUUUAUAAGCGCACUCGCACAAGGACACUCUUAGAUUGAAAUCCCAUGAUCUACGACGACUACGCCGGUCAUGCGCAAAUCUAUGAAGUGCCAGUCAGGUCCGAACAGACCGCACACAAGUCAAGGGAGAAUAUCCCAAGGGGCUUGCGACGUUAGUUCAACGGUGGUCGGCAGCGUCCACGAGCGUCUACCUAAACCACUGAGUGUCACCGAGUUUGAAGCAUGGCAACUGCAACCGGAAAGCGCAAUCUGAGCUCGGGUGAUAGCCAGACACCUCCCCGCGGAUCAUUGCUUUGCUCUGUUUCGGUUUAUCGAUGGCACCACAAUACAAUACUGGAAAGAAUAGGUAUCGGGAUAUGCAUCGAUCCCUCCACAGCAUAAUUGUAAUUACAACCCAGAGGGUGCGGCCGUUGUGAGAGAUACGUUUUACCAACUGUUCAUAGUUCAGCAUUUUGUGUAUGGCACAAAUAUUAGGCAACUAUAUAUUCGUAGCGGCUUUACUAGAUGUGCAUCUAUACCACGGUAAUGCCGCACUCAUACGGAUGGGGCACAUUUGCAUCGUGCUCAACCUGGAAUAUGUCUCCACUUAUCGUCAUCAGCACGUAUCCUUUAUCCUGUGUAUAAUCAGUAUCAGCACAGAUUAAAGUAAUAAAAAAAAGGAAAGU